ACUUGUAAAAUCCUCAUUUUUUUGGGGUCUUCUGAAGAAAGAAGCAUCGAUGCGAGCUGGCGAUAAAAGGAUGUGUCUUUGAGGAAUGGGAACAAAGGUGCAUUCUGAAACCAUAUUACCUCGAAGAUAUCAUCACUCUAUGAGAGAUCUCAACAACGAUUCCAACGGUUGUAGUAGAUUGCCAUUCCUCAAUAAUGAUCAAUCCUACAAAGAUGUGGUGAGAAGGACAAUGCUCGAGCACGAAGCUGCUUUUAAGUCACAGGUUUUGGAACUUCACCGAGUAUACGGGAUACAAAAGGACAUGAUGGACGAGCUGAAAAGGAAACAGUUCAAUAAAGAAUUGUUUCCAGUCGAGGCAUCAUGUUCAUCUCAAGCUACUACUAACGAUGACGUCCGUAAAUGGAAAACGCCUAGUUUCCCUGUGGCAAACUCGGUUUACGACAGACCAUCCAUGUCGGUAGUGGAGGAUAACGGCCAUUCCCCCAUGAAAGGAGCUAGUUCAAAACAUGUAGAAGCUUUGGAGAUUAGACCGACGAAAAUCAGGAGAAGGAUGAUAGAUCUUUGUCUCCCCGCUGAUGAGUACAUUGAUGACAGUGAAGACGUUGUAGUGUUGAAAGAUCAUAGGCAGCUUCCUAAUGGAGCUGAGCCUCGAGGAGGAGAUGGUUUGAGAAUUGGUAGUAGAAGCAAUGGCUUGGCUGAUUUGAACGAACCGUUUAAGGCUCAAGACACAAAUGAAGUUGCUUAUGGCAAUUUUCAAAGCCAUGUUCGUGACUAUGGAAAAGUUCUGAACUCAGGCAGUGUAAGGGAGCAGCAUGUUCCCGUUAUCUCUCUGCAACCAGGUGAGAACGGUAAACCGAAAGCCUGGCCACAACAUCAGCCCUUAAGAAUCGAUCAUUACACUGGCACACAUAAUAAGUCUGCUACUCCAUUUCUUCAACCGGGCAAGCCACAAAGAGUAAUGGGUUUAGCUAAUGCUGGUCCUCCACCAAGCAAGGCAGACUUGUGGAGAGGAAAGACGUUUAUUGACCUAGAAGCUGAUACUGAUACUGAUACUGAUACUAACACUAUCCAUGAAUCAAGUAGUUUUGCUUCUCAUCAACAACCGCAACGCCACUUGUAUCCUUACAAUCCUCCAGAGUCUGCUGUCCCGUGGAACCGUUCGCAUUCUUCUUGGCAGAAUCCUAGCUUUGCUUUCCCUCAGAGAGUUGAGAGAUACCCGGUUCUAAACCUGUCUGACACAAAUGCUCAGAAGCUAGGGGGUCUCGGUGAUAGAUUACAGUUUGAAAGCAAUGCUAGGUAUAACACAAACCACAACAUGUUCUACAAUGAGUGUUCUUCUUCAUCCAAAUCAAAAGGGACUGGCUAUAGUUAUCCUAACGGAGGAAGAAGUGAUCACAGCCUCUUGGAUUUGAAUGGCUCUGAGGUGAAGUCUGUGAGAGAUUUGAACUUGAACGUGACACUUUCAAACACUUCUGUUGUUGAAGUCAGAAACGAACAUGAUGUGGCUACUUUACCAUGGCUUGUAAAACCCAAGCCUGUUUCUGAUGGGAGAUGGAAUCUGAAUAGUAAAGAUACUGUUCCGAGUCCUUCUUUGAAACCUUCCAACAUAAUCAAAGAGGAGGCAGGGAAUCUUAUGUGGCUAGAGAGGUUAAAGUCUGGUUCUUGUUCCAGUAAACCAGAGACUGAUAAGAUCAGAGCCGGAACUGCUUAUAGAGACGAAUCUAACGCAGAAAGAGAUAAAGUUAGGAUAAUGCUAGACAUCAACGAGCCAUGUGAAGAGGAACAGAUAGAGACAAAGGUUUCUGUUAGUAGUAAGUGUCAAUUUGAUUUGAACAUGUCGGUUAGUGAAGACGAAGAUGAAAGCUGGUCUGCUCCUCCUACUAGUUCAAAACUGAGUUCAAAAAGACUUAUGAUAGAUUUGGAAACUGUUCCCGAGUCUGAUGUUGAAGAAGAAGAUCUCUCUGGAGAAAAAACAUCAGAAGAGACCCCUAAACCUCUGGAGAAACCGCCAGAGUUUGAGAAAACAGCAGCAGAGACAAUAGUUGCCAUCUCAUCAGAAGCUGUUGCUUCAUCAGAAGCUCCAGAAACUGUCAUCCUUCACUGGUUUGCAGAGACAGUAGACACACACAAAGAGAAUCUUGACCAAAAGCUAGCUUCUCUCUCAAGGAGCCAAGUGCGUUCUAUAGAAGAGAUAGACUACUUCGAGUCAAUGACCCUGCAGCUACCUGAGAUCACAGAAGAACAGUACACCCCUAAGCCACUAGUCCCUGAGGACCUCGUAUUAGAGGAAACCUCUGUUGCCACCAGCCAAAGGCCAAGAAGGGGAAACGCGAGGAAAGGCAAACAGAGAAGAGACUUCCAAAGAGACAUCCUCCCUGGACUUUUGUCUCUCUCCAAACACGAAGUAACGGAAGACAUUCAGUUGUUUGAUGGGUUCAUGAGAGCAGCGACGGGAAGCUCAUGGACUCCAACCGGUUUAACGAGGAAGAAAACCGGUGCAAGAGGAAGACCAAGACGGGUUAUAACAAACCCUGAACCGGUGGUUUAUUACCCGGUUCAGGCUCCUCCUCCUUGUCCCACCUCGGUUCAACAGCAGGUGGGGAACAACGGUGAGAUUGAGGAUGGGAGCUUUGGAGGUUGGGGUAAAAUGACAAGAAGGCCGAGGAGACAGAGAUGUCCUUCUUCUUCAACUGUAACUACAAGUGUAACAACCAACGUUCAUCAUCACACGCGGAUGUCACGUAAUGGUUGGGAAUAAAAUUGUAUUUGUGAUACCAUAGAUUUAUCAUUUUACUGUCUGAUUCUUUUUCAAAAAAUGUUAUGGUAUAGAGAGAUGGAGAAAGAUAAUAUAUCAGACUGUUUGUGAUAGAUAUUUCCACCAGUGAAAUUUUUAAA